AUGCAGUCAAACAAAAAAGUAAUUGUCGAAAAAACCAAUGAAAAUGAUGAGCCAAAUACCCUGGAAACUUUAAUUAAGAUAGAAAUUCAUCCCGUUGAGUCUAAAUUUGUUGAAUUUUUCGCAACCAAAUCAUUUGUUGAUUGUAUUCUCGAACUUUCAAGUGAACAGAUUCAUUGCCAUCGACUAAUUCUAGCAAAGUAUUCUAAUGUUUUCCGUUCCUAUUUCAUAAAACAUGAUACAACUGAUAACAAGUUGUUACCUCCUCCUUAUGUUAUCAGUGAUAAAGCCUUAUCUCAAAUUAUUGACUUUUGCUACAAGUCAACAAUUUCUGUAGAUUCUUCAAACAUUGUUGACGUUUUUAUUACCUCCGCAAUGUACGGAAUCAAAGUAUUGACAGCUUUACUCUCAGAGAGUUUGUUAAAUAUCCUUGAUAACGGCAAUAUCUUAGAUUACCUUCCAAAGUUCAAAAUCCAAUUAACAGAUGAAGCAAUUCAAAACUUCCCAGAAUUACUUGAUAACUAUAGAGAUUUACGUGAUAAUAUCGGUGGCAUCUGUGAUAUUAUUUCCAAGAAUUUCGCAUUUAUUUCUCGAUCAAAAUUCAUUGAUAACACGCCAUUAUACAUGCUUCCAGACAUCUUAAAGAAAAUAGAUUACAAAGAUCUAUAUGAUACAGCCGUUUUCGAAUCCAAAGACGAUUUCGUUCUUUAUACAAUUGAUAAGAUAGUUGGAGACAGCGAAAUCUCAACACUUGAUAAAGAAUGCUUAUCUAAGGCAAUUGAGUGGGAUCAAGAAAAUUCUUACUUGUAUUUGACAAAAUAUAGAUUGAAUUGGGUUCUUCCAUCGAUUUUGCGUCCAAUUCUUGCAAAAGUCUUCAAAUCACGCCAGAAGACAAUCCAAAAAGUCGACAAAAUCGUCGGAAAGUUGAAGUCAAAAAUACAUUCCAAUUUCGGAGUAUUAGAUCUCCUUCAGAUCAUAUAUGCAAGCAAAGGAGAAACAAAAGUUGAAUCCAAAAACGUCCUUUCUGUCCUCAGUACUAUGUGGGGAACGACUUCAAUAACAAAUCCAGCUCUUUCAGGAUUUGUACAGCUUACUGCCGAUACAGACGGACCGCUUUCGUCUUUCUACGAUCCACGUAACGUGUUCGUUCAGGAUGACUACAGUUAUUUGACAAAUUCUACUUGCGAUUAUCAAAAUCCCGAAUUCACUCACUACCAACAAAAGCUUACAUUGGGAUUUGUAUUUGAUAAAACUGUUGGAAACAAAGUCAUCCCAUCAAACCUCAAAAUCGAUGAAAUUAAAUAUCAUUUACCAGAAUCAGUUAAAAAAGAAACAAGCAAAAUUACAAUCAUGUACGAUACCAAUAAUCCAGGUACAGGCAUCAAGCUCGUAUGCAAACCUUCAAAGGAUCAGGCCACUUACAAUAUCUUCUCCAUGCAUGUAAAAUAUGUAGAGAUUAUAGGAAAAUUUGAACUGGAAUAA